AUGUCGACAUACGACUGUAUCGUUGUUGGAGGUGGCUACUCGGGACUCGCUGCUGCGAAAGAGCUCAAAGAAGCGGGCAAGUCAGUGCUCGUUCUCGAGGCGAGAGACCGUGUCGGAGGUCGCGCGAAGACGGUCCACGAAGCAGAUGGCACCUAUUGGGACUGUGGUGCAGCGUUCGUUGGAGACGGCCAAAACCUCAUGUACGGACUGGCCAAGGAGUAUGGCAUCGACGUCUUUGAGCUUCCACUCGAAGGUCAGAUCAUGUCCGUCCGCAAAAACACAUCGAAAGGCUAUAAAGGUCUCGUUCCACCGCUCAAGCUGUGGGAAGCUCUUGACACCUACCUGGCUAUCCGCAAAUUCGAGAAGCUCUGCGAAUCGGUCAAUGUCGAAGAGCCGUGGAGGACACCCAAUGCGGAUGAGCUAGACGUCAUGUCGCUCGAGGCCUGGCUCAAAAGGACAUGCUGGACCCGGGUAGGCAAAGCGGGCAUUUCACUCAUCUUUGAGGCCCUCUGGGGUUCAGGUGUCUCGGCGGCCUCUGUCCUCCACGCAGCUUUCUACUGCAAGGCCGGCGGCUCACUCACAAGUCUUUCGAUUGUCAAAGGCGGCGCGCAAAACCACAUGUUUGUUGGAGGCGGGCAGGCUAUUGCAAACAAGAUUUGCGAGGGCUUGACGAGCGAGACAGUACACUUAUCCGAGCCGGUCGUCUCAGUCAAAACAAGCGAAGUCCAUGUCGAGGUCAUAACAACAAAGACGACUUACAUAACAUCGAAGAUCAUCCUGGCUGUCCCGCCACCACUUCUGCAAAAAAUUGUCUUCUCGCCAAGCCUGCCGCCAGAGAAGGAGCUAUUACUUCACAACCUGCCCAUGGGUCUGUACAUCAAGGCCAUGGUAACAUACCCCCGCCGCUUCUGGGCCGAGAACGACAUGUGCGGCGAGAGCACGAGUUACGACGGCUACUGUAGUGUAACAUACGAUGCGACGCCACCCAGUGGCAACCCACCCAAGAUCCAAGCCUUCAUUGUCGGUACCAAGGCGAGGCGCUUCCUUGGACUCGACAACAACGAACGCCGGCGGGUCGUCCUCGAAGAGCUGUGCGUUGCGUUUGGAUCCGAAGCCGGCGAGCCCUCCAAGUUCCUAAUCCACACGAUGAUGGAGGAGGAGUGGUCUAUGGGAUGCCCGGUAGCUACACCAACACCAGGGACAUGGACGACACUGGGCCCUUGGAUGCGAAAACCGAUCGGCAGGCUGCACUGGGCGGGUACCGAGACGGCCACGCAUUUCGUAGGAUACAUGGAGGGAGCCGUGUCCGCAGGCCAACGGGCUGCGAGGGAGGUCUUGCAGGGCCUGGACAAGGAGAUAUAA